GAGAGCAAUUCAGGUCAGAUCUGCUGCUGGGGAUAGGAAUGUACUUUGUGAAAAAAUCAUUCAAGUCACUCUGCUCACUUGCAAUACUCAGCUCCGGAGCUGCACAGACCCAAGAGAAGCAGCAAAGCAAGGAGAAUUUUUCAAAGUUAAUUCGUAAUUUUGCCUUUCUUUCUGUGCUGGACUCUUGUUUGUGUGUCAUCCAAUCAAGCAAGUGCAGUCUGACACACCUCCUUUUGCUGCAGCAUACAGGUUUGAUUUCCAGUGUUAAAGCACCUCAGCUGCUGUGUGUGGAUUUUCUCUGUAUACAGACACCUUCUCCUUGCUGCUGACAAGCAAUCUAGGAUCAACUUAUUUCCAGUGUUCUGAUGUUACUACUUGUACUCCAGGUGUGUUACAAAAAUGUCCCUAGAAGACCUUGAGAAGUUUGUUGAAUCAUUUUUAUUCAAGCAUCAAGGAGUUUACUUCCAAAGGGAUUUAGCUACACCUGAAUCUAUAGAUGCUGUGGGGCACUUUGAAAUCAGAGAAAGUGAUGUAUUCCUGGUCACUUAUCCAAAAUCUGGAACAAUUUGGACACAACAGAUUCUGAGUCUAAUUUUGAAUGAAGGUCAUCGAAGUGGAACAGAAGCCAUUAAUAACAUGAACAGGGCACCUUGGAUUGAAUCUAAUGUGUACAACAUUGAUUAUGACAAACGUCCCUCUCCUCGUCUGUUUACUUCACACUUACCUCAUUAUUUAAUGCCAAGAGGUAUGAGAAACCGGAAAGGCAAAGUUAUCUACGUAUCAAGAAAUCCAAAAGAUGUUAUGGUUUCAUAUUAUCAUUUUCAAAAAAUGGUGGCGAAUGUUGGCAAGGCAGAAGACUUUGAAACUUACUUCAAAUUGUUUAUUUCAGGAUUAGUUGCUAUAGGUUCUUGGUUUGACCAUAUAAAAGGCUGGUACUCCAACAGUGAAGAUUAUAAUAUUCUAUUUUUGAAGUAUGAAGACAUGAAAAUGGAUCUACGAUCUGCUGUGCUGAAAAUCUGCAAAUUUGUGGAGAUAGAACUUGAUGAGGAAGCAGUGAAUACUGUAGUGGAAAAAGCAACAUUCAAAAACAUGAAACGUGACCCACUUGCCAAUUAUACAUUUGUAACAGAUGAUCUCUUAGACCACACCAAAGGCGAUUUUCUUCGCAAAGGCAUUGUAGGUGACUGGAAAAAUACCCUGACAGUAGCACAAAAUGAAACGUUUGAUAAGCUUUAUAAGGAGAAAAUGAAGGAUUUUCCAAUCUCCUUUGUUUGGGAUUUAGAACAACAUUGAUGUUCUUCAAGCAAACUAAAACAAUGCAAACCUGGAAUGUGCAUUUGAAGACCCUGCUAUGAACAUUAGAUGUUAAGAAUGAUUUGGAGAAAAAUUAUAUCUGAGAGUUUUUAAAUUUCAAAAAGAAUAAAAAUAAUUUACAUGA